AAAUUAACUUUGAAUUUAUUAAUAAACUACACAUGGUUCAAGAAGAAGAAUAUUGUCAUUUCGGAAAUUAAAUUGGGAUAAACCAUAUCAAUUGGAUGUCCCAAAAAAUGGAAGUUAGUUCUGAAUAUCUAUAAGUGGAUUCCCAUCAAUUCAACUCGUACUUUUAGGUGAAUUUAGCUGCGCAGACACUAAGUUCCAGUGUUGCAAAUGCCUUGGAAUUUCUAUCCAAGGAUAUAAAACAUCCAGACUUCGUAGAUGCAAGCCCAACAAUAGAAUUUAUAAGAAUAAUUGAUCGGUUAUUUGACUUAUUGAAUUCAAGAAAUCCAUUUGCAAAAGGCUACAAAACACCGUUGAAAAAAAUUAAUGUUUCUUUUUGGAUGCCACUUUUAGAAGAGGCUUUCACUUAUUUGAAGUCGUUGAAACACGUGGGUGGACAAUAUCUGCAUAUUUCAAAAAAUAUGACACCAAUUAUUGGCAUUUGUACUACAAUACAAUCAAUAUUAGGAAUUUUUGAUGAAUAUGUCAAGAAAGAAAAUUCGCCCUUAGAAUAUUUGCUGACCUACAAGUUCAGCCAAGACCAUCUAGAAUUAUUUUUUAUUAGCGAUCGGUAAGAAAGUUCUUAUUUUAAACACAUCAAUCUUUAAUAUGAUUCUAAUUCACAAAUUUCCAUGCAAAUCUGGGAUUCUACUCCAGGACUUCGGCACUGCAGGACAAACGCCAGCAAGCCGGCUGGGAAGGAAUGGUUGGAAUAAUAAUCCUACAGCAUAUCAAUUCUACUACACUUUCAGAAGACUCUGCCUCAACAUUGAUUUGAAGGUAUUAAAAGGUAAUUGCGAUAUAUUAGAUAAUACAAAAAUGCUCACUUCCUCUACCUCAAUUGCGAAACGAAAUGUGUCCACAGAGCUGGAUCUGGGUGAUAUGGCAAUUAUUGAAAAAUAUGGAAUCGAUUAUAAUGAGCUGGUCAUAGAAGAUGAUGAAUUUAUGUAUAUAGUUGAUAUUUUACCAUCCCUGUCACUGUUGAAUGAAAAUGUAGUAGUUCACAUAGCCGGAUAUGUUGUACGGUCAAUUUAUAAACAAAUUAAAUGCACCGAAUGUCUCGAUUCAUUGGAAGAGUCGCAUUAUAAAUCAAACGAUCGCCAACAAUUCAUGUUAUUGCAUAGGAAGGAUAGAGGUGGACUUAUAAAACCAUCCAAAGAUAUCAUUCAGGUUUGUAUGUACACAGAAAAGAAAAUUCGGCAACUGCUGAACAUAACCAAUAACCUAAUGCCGACUGAAAAGAAUUUUUUGGACACCUUUAUUAUGCAGGCUUCAUUGUUCUUGGUUCAGCAAAGAAAUAUAUUCAAAUGUUUGGAAGACCAUGUAUUCGAUACUUCCCGAAAAGCAUCUAUUGCAGUUGCGCAGAUGAAUACGCAACACAUUACGACCGUCCAAAAUCCAAUACCGUCGGCGAAUGAACGAGUGAGUACCGAGAGCACCGGCGUGCAGAAGACGAAGAUGGGCAUCAUCGAUAAUCAGACGAGUGAGAUGAUCAUUUUUUGGCAGAAGAACCGGAUGAUUGUGUCGAUAUGGCAACAGCGAGUAUGA